AGGCGUUGAGAAAGGGUAUAAUAUUCCAACUCUAUUAACAUCCUCACUGAAGGCAAUAUUUAGUCUCAGCUUAGUUUGGGAUCCAACUCGGGUUGAAAACCUCCAACCCUAUAGUGCCUACCAGCAAGCAACCACGUUCUGUGGUGAGUUUAUAAUGGUAGCAUCUCAUAGAAAAUGCACCUUCCUAUGCCGUCUAUAAAUCCAUUUCUUAUUCUGAGUUCUGUAUUUCCAUAACUCCUAAUACCAUUUUCUUUUCAUCAUUAAAGCUAUUGUUGAGGCAUAUUAUUAUGGAGUCUUCUAAGCCACAGUAUCACGCAGUUAUAUUCCCUUUUAUGUCCAAAGGCCACACCAUCCCACUCCUCCACCUAGCCCACCUCCUCCUCCGUCGUGGGACUGCCGUCACUGUCUUUACAACUCCGGCCAAUCAUCCUUUCACUGCUAAAUUUCUUUCCAAUACCACUGCCUCUAUUAUUGAUCUUCUUCCUGAAAAUGUACCUGAAAUCCCUUCAGGCAUCGAAAGUACGGACAAACUACCCUCCAUAUCACUAUAUCCUCAGUUUGCUCUUGCCACCGAACGUAUGCAACCGGACUUUGAAAGGGAGCUAGAAAGUUUCCCAGUUGUCAACUUCAUGGUGUUUGAUGGCUUCCUGUGGUGGGCUGCAGAGUCUGCUGUGAAGUUUGGUAUUCCAAGACUGUUAUUUUAUGGUAUGUCCAAUUACGCCUCUGGCCUGUCAAAAGUUGUAGCAGAGAGUAGGGCCUUGUUUGGGCCUGAGUUAGAUGACGAGUUAAUCAAUGUGAGUGAGUUUCCAUGGAUUAAGGUUACUAGAAAUGAUUUUGAACCGGUGUUCAGAGACCCCGAAUUAAAAGGUCCUCACUUUGAGUUCCUGGUAAAAUCAUUGACAGGAGCAUCAGUAAGUAAUGGUUAUCUAUCAAAUAGCUUCUACGAACUUGAACCUGUUUUCGUCGAUUACUGUAACCGCAGUACGCGAAAGACCUGGUGUGUGGGGCCCUUGUGCCUAGCCAAUACACCACAGGUUGAAACUGUUCCACAAAAGUAUACCAUUUGGAUUCUGUGGUUAGAUGAAAAGCAAAAGCAAGGAAGCUCGGUCCUAUACGUGGCGUUUGGAUCUCAGGCGGAGAUCUCAGCAGAACAGCUCAAGGAGAUAAGAACUGGUUUGGAAGAAUCUAGGGUAAACUUCCUGUGGGUUAUAAGGAAAGAAUCAGAGUUGGGAGAUGGGUUUGAAGAGAGGGUGAAGGAAAGAGGAAUGAUAGUGAGGGAUUGGGUGGAUCAAAUGGAGAUAUUAAUGCACCCAAGUAUACAAGGGUUCUUGAGCCACUGUGGAUGGAACUCAGUACUAGAGAGCAUAUGUGCAGGGGUGCCAAUUCUUGCAUGGCCCAUGAUGGCAGAGCAGCACUUAAAUGCAAGAAUGGUGGUGGAGGAGAUAAAAAUAGGGUUGAGAGUAGAAACCUGUAAUGGAUCAGUGAGAGGGUUUGUGAAAUGGGAAGGUUUAGAAAAGAUGGUGAAGGAGUUGAUGGAAGGAGAGAUGGGGAAGAAGGUAAGAAAAAAGGUGAACGAGUUUGCAGAGAUGGCCAAGAAAGCUAUGGAGGAAGGUACUGGCUCAUCCUGGCGCACGUUAGACAUUCCUCUUCAGGAGUUUUGCCGUAGCAAAGAUGACGUGAAUGAGAAUGAAUAGUGUCUUUUUUUUUUCAUCUUACCCUGAAAAUUAUAAUAAUAUAAGGGUUUAUUUUAUACGUUAGAAUUAAAAAUAAGAUAGAUUAUAGAGUGCA